CCGGGAGCAGACGUGUCCUGUCUGGAAGGUAUUAUCGCAUCGGUAUUUAUCGUGCACAUUUGAGAGUGACAGUAUUAUGUGUUAAGUGGACUUUGUCUUCGGCAACAUGAAAGGCAGACACCAGUUCCGUAGGCGCUUCAGCUUGCAACCCUCUUUUCUGAAAGAGGAAUCCGAAGAUGAAACUCGACCGCACAGAACCGAAAGGGUCGAGCACCCUGUCACAUCAAGCAGUGGCAACCUCGCCAACAAUGCAGUGAGGCACAAAAUAGUCGUACUAGGAGCAGCAAAAGUCGGCAAGUCCUCGCUCAUAUCGCAAUUCUUAUACGGAACCUUCUCUACGAAAUACAAGAGAACCAUCGAAGAGAUGCACCACGGAGACUUUAAUGUGGCCGGCGUUAGGUUAACACUCGAUAUACUGGAUACUUCGGGUGCAUAUGAGUUUCCAGCGAUGAGAGCGCUUUCGAUGCAGUCAGCGGAUGCCUUCAUACUAGUCUACGACAUCACAGAUGCGGACAGCUUCGCUGAAGUUCGAGCGCUGAGAGAUCAAAUUCACGAGACGAAAGAGAGCACGGCUGUACCCAUAGUGGUUGUUGGCAAUAAAGUGGAUUUGGCAGAGUCUGGAGAGAGGCAGGUUGAAUUCCACACAACAGAGUCAGUAGUGACAGUCGACUGGGAGAACGGAUUCGUGGAAGCAUCAGCGAAAGACAACAUGAACGUGUCGCAAAUAUUCAAAGAGUUAUUAGUGCAGGCGAAGGUUAAGUAUAACCUGUCGCCAGCGCUCAGGAGGAGACGCCGCCAGUCCCUGCCCACAGGUCCGCAAGGCCCCCCAGGCUCAAGUCCGAGUCCCUCAGCAUCAAAUGCCCCCCACGUACCAUCUCCUGCCCAACUUGCACAUCUCCAACAAAUUAGGGAACGACACGCCAACAGCAAACGCAAUUCUUGUGUCAUUUCCUAAAUCGUCCAUCCAAAUGGGUUAACCAGAUUCAUUCACACACACAGUUGCGUUUAAGCUUACGCCUUACUAAAAUCAAUGUUUUUCUAAAGUCGAUAUUAUGUGUUUUGAUUUCCAAGGAUAACUAUUCUGAAAAAAAUAUAUCGAGCUCAAUAGAUAGAAAUCAAGCUCUAGUAAUAAAUUGUCCAUGUCUAAAUUUUUGUCCAUUGAACUUAACGUUUUAAAACACCCCAUGAGCACACAAUCGUAGCUGCAGCAUCAACGUAUUUCUAUCAAUGUAAUGUCACCAAAACUAAACAAGCAUGCAAUAUUUCCAAAUCCUAAGUUUAGAGGAAGUGGUACAAAAAUUUUAACCAUACUUAUUAUGGUUAAAAAGAUUCCUACCAGACAUAUUAUUAACAGAUGAAGUUAAGUAACAAUACAAUAUUUUUGUUAAGGUAUUCCAGAUCAUGGAUCCGACUCAUCAGCUUCACUAGUUUUAGAUAGAUUCUGACGAUCAUCUUUGUGAUUAUACUCGUAGCAUUUCAUUCAGAAGUGUUCAAACCUUGUGUAACAAUUUUCAACACUUAAUUUUUAAUCUUACAUGAACAAGAAUGCAAAUAAACUAUAUCGGAAGCAAGGAUUCAUUUUGCGCAACUCCCGGGAGUUUCAAAGCUAUUAAACUGCUGUAUUAUUUGCUAUUAUACCGCUAUCCACGUGUAUUAGAAACUGUCUGCGACUGACAUCCCUACAAGAAAAAGUACAAUCCAGCUUUGAUAUAACUUUGAUAAUAUAUAUACUUUACCUUCGUUUUUAUUAAUAUAAUUUUUUUAAUUUUAAUUAUUAUAAAAUAUAUCUAUUACGUUCCUAGUUUUCAUUUUAUGUCAGCUUCUCUGGUGCAAUAAGGAAUGCUUUAAUUAUACACAAGUUUUUGAUUCGUAGCUCGGGCUAAUUUAGGAUAAUACAUUUUCUAAAUUGGUUCAGUUCAGGCGUGGUGAUAGAAAUUAAAAAAAAAUUUAAUACGCUUAUAUUUGCUUCACUUGUAACUAACUAUGUAUGUCAAUGUCAGAAAAUCAUGGAAUCUUAAUUUGACCCACUUCCCGGUCUUCGAUCGACUAGGAUGAAAUUUUGCACACGCUCUCAGUUCUAAUGACUAGCUAAGAAACGUCAUUACAAAUCCAAUAUGGCGGCCUCCCCAAGAUGGCGGACUGGCUAUGGACAUCAAAUGAAAUGGUUUGCUGAUACGAAAAAAAUAGUCACGUGACUUAAAUCCAAUAUGGCGGACGUCCAAGAUGGCAGACAGGCUAUUUGAAAUGCACCCCUAUGAUAUGGGUAUCAAGCGUGUUUUUUUGUUUUUUAAACUAUUCAUUUAUUAAUUUUCGAAGCAUUUGCGAUUGUAAAAAGAACAUUGGCGAGCCACAUGGCUAGAGGUCCAGUGAAGACGUUCCGCCAAUGUAUUACGCAAUAUCACAUACCUACACAUUUAGCUAAGACCUCAUUUAAAAACUAACCAAGGCGCGGCGAAGUUAAAAUUAUGUUUCAAGUUCUUCAAGAGAUACACAAACGCCGUUUCUUUACACGCUAUGUCAGUCAUUCCAAAAGCAAUCAACGCGUUUGGCUUGUUUCGUGUAACACGAUUCUUUGGCUACAAAUAAAUAUAGCUGAAUUAGUUCAUUUGGAAACUAUCAUCAAGUAUUUUUGAAGUAGAUACCAGUUUAAUUAGAUUUCAUUUAAUUUAUUUAUUUUUUUACAAAUCCCGCGGGAUUUUCAGCCAAAUUCGUUCACUAGCUUUUGCGUAUCCAUCCAUAGAUACAAUCAUACACACUUUCGCGUUUAUAAUCUAUGUCAGAAGUAAAACUAAAAAGCGAAAAAUAACAUCAUAAUAUGUUCUACAUGCUGAUCAGUAUGAAGUCGGUGCUAAGCCGGUGAUGUAUUAAUUCAAGCCAUGUGUGCAUAUCUUAUAGAUUUAGAUUUUGCAGACAGUGUUGUUUCAUGUAGUCCUGUCAGAAAUGGCUUAAAUUAAGACAACACCGGCUAAGCACCGACUUCAUACUGAUCAGCAUGUAGAACAUAUUAUGAUGUUAUUUUUCGCUUUUUAGUUUAGUGGGUACGUUUUUAGGUUUUGAAGUCGGUUGUAUUUUUUUUAUUAAAAUUUUUAUUAUUUUUCAAUUUUUAGUGUAAAAUUUCAUCUCAAACGAAUACAUCAGACCCCUAAUGACAGUCACAACCCAUCUUGGUACAAAAUUCUCAGCAAUACAAAUUAAUCAAGCCCAAGCACAAGGUAGCUACCGUAAACCGUCAAGGGGUUCCCUUCAUUGACCUUGGUCUUCAUCAUCAGACCCCUAAUAACAGACACAACUCAUCUAGGUAGAAAGUUCUCAGCAAUACGAAUUAAUCAAGGCCAAACACAAGGCAGUUACUGGUAACUGUUAAGGAGUUCCAAUAAUUGUCCUUGGUCUUCAUCACCAAACCCCUAAAUGACAGUCACAACCUAUCUAUGUGGAAAGUUCUCAUUAAGACAAAUUAAUCAAGCCCAAACACAAGGUAACUGCUGUAAAUCGCCAAGGAGUUCCCUCGUCUGUUUUAUGACUCCAUCAUCAGAUCGAUUUUAAACCUUCAUAAUUUUGUAUUUCUUAAAGGCACUAAAUGGAAAAGUUUACGAACACACUAGACACCCAUAUAAUUUUCGAAAGUUCCCCUCAAUUUCUCCAGGAUUCCAUCAUCAGAUCUUGUCAUGAUGGCAAUGGGACCAAAUGGGGACUAUACCGUUUCAAACAAAAAAAGAAUUUUUGAAAUCGGUCCAGGCGUCUUUGAGUAAUCGGUGGACAUACAUAAAAAAAAAAAAAAAAAUACCGGCCGAAUUGAGAACCUCCUCCUUUUUGAAGUCGGUUAAAAAUUCUUUUCAACUAAUGCUUUUACGUAAUUGAAAAAACAAAAAGACUUUAAAGUCGCAUAAAGUUUAGGUCAAAGUUAAACGCAACUGUGUAUUAUUGCCGUCAUUUUAAGUGUAGUGCAGCUGUGUUUGGUGUAAACAAAAUGUCUUCCUUUUCGAUCAUUUCACCCUUUUAUAUUAACCCUUUUAUACUGAUUCAUCAAUUAAACUUAAAUAGGGUACUUGACUAUGUUAUUUGAAUUUUAGAUAGACGAAUAUCUUAGCAAUCCAUAGAUUCACCGUGGUAGAGAGAAAAACUCUGAGCAGAGUCCUGGACUUGAAGAAGACUUGAAGAAUCCAAAACUCUGCCCGAAAUUUUUUUUUAGUUACGAGUAAUAACGCCAAAAAUACGUAAUAUUUCCGUGUUAUAUUAAAACAAAUAUAUAUUAACAAUUAGUAUAUUUGAAAUCAAUGUGUAAGUAACUCAUAUAACAGCUUAUAACUUCUUGUUGUCCCUUAAUUUUGGCGGUCUAGAUAUGUCAUUUGCACACACGAGUUUAUGCGUUGACAAUGAUCCCUUCAAACCUACCUACUACAAUAAAAACAUUGCGACUUUUUAAUGCCGCUACGCCUUGUACGCUAUCUUGCGUAGCGCCACUAUAACGCAAUACAUGCGCUACUGUGUUGCGGUAUCUACGCUAUGGUGCGUUACGCAGCAUUAACUCAAUGCAUGCGUUACUUUUUCACAUCAUAUUUGCUGCGUUAACGCGCGAUGCCUACGCUAGUGCGAAACGCUGUUAAUUUAAAUGUCCAUUAUCAUCAUGUCACUUACAAUAUAUUGUAAUAUAUGCACUAUAUCACCAUAACAAUAUAUUUAACUGAGUGUGGUGAAAACGACGUAAUAAUCGUCGUCCAUUCUAAAGUGAAAAUGUUCGUAAUUUUGAAAAUACACCAACUAUAUUUUCGAAUUUUUUUUUAACUAACAGAACUCCGAUUCCGUCUGCAUGGAAUACCCCAGUUAUUUCAUUUUUUUAUAUUUGUUACUGUGUCUUUAUGUCACAAAAGGAAACUCGAUACUUACUGUCCAAAUUUCAACUUGCUUCAGUACUUUCGGCUAAGCGUUUUAUGUACAAGAAUAAUAAACAUAAUGAAUACAGAGUGAAGUACCUUAUUUAGGGAUAUUUAUAUAGAAAACAUUUAUAUACGAGUACAUACAUAAUAAAAUAUAAUGCCAUAUUGUACGAGUAUAAUUAUUAUCAAUAUUAUUAACAACAAUAUAAAGUGUUAUAUAAUGUGGUAACAAUAAUAUGUUAUUUUAUUACUUUGAUUAUUAAACUUCCAUUGAUGAUGGCUACUCUUUCGAAUAUUGUAUCCUGUGGGUAGAUUACGUAGCUUUGAUAAUAAAUCAUCAUCAUUGCAAUUAGAUGUUACGUAAUCUAGGAGCUGUAUUUGUAAAAUUUUCUAUCAUUAUACAAAUCUUUUUAAUACUUAUAAUAAUUAUAUAACGCCAACGCAAUGAGCAAUUAAUUAAGGUUAGAUAACUUAUUAAUAUAAUAUCUUCAGAGUGAAAAUGUUUAAAACAGGUGAUAAAACGUAGGAUGAGAUGUAUUGUGACUGGUUCGUUGUAAGAUAUCCGCUCGUGUGAAUUAACUUGACACCUAGCUCGAAAGAUGUUUGUACUGUGUUCGGUUGUGUUUGGUAGCUAGGUGUCGAGUUAAUGCGCACGAAUUAUAUGUAGUAUCUUUUCUUGUGUGUUAAUUAUAAGUGUUAGAAUAAUCUAAAACUAUUCUUUUUACGUAUUUAUCUGACGUACCUACGUAAGAAUUUAAACUGAUCAUACUAUUGUGCUGCUCGAAAAUUAAACAACUUGUUAUCAAAUAAUUGUAAUUCAACUUAUUGGUGUGACUUCAAACUCAAAUUCGGAUUUAAAAACAAACGUUUGCGUCUCGGGACGAAGUGAUAACAUAAACCUGCUGUCGUUUGCGUGAGAGAAAGGUCAGCCAGGUAGAAUGACACCGUAACGCGUUACGUCAGGAAGCUUCGCUUUGAUUUAUGUGCACUUCUUCCCUAUCGCAACUCUACACUAAUCUACCCUACCCUACCCCUACCCUUAAACUACCCUACCCCUCUCUCUUUUAUACCUUCCCUAUACCUCCACGAACAUUUCAAGACCAAGAUGAGAUAAAUCCGUUCAGCCGUUCUCGAGUUUUAGCGAGAUUAACGAACAGCAAUUCAUUGUUAUAUACUGGGUAUAAGGGACCCUUACACCCAGUAUACAGAUUACUAUUUCAUAUUUUAUUGUAUUACAAUCGAUUUUUUUAUAACAUAUCUUUGCUAACAUCAAAAAUUGGUCAAACCUACUGACUACAUAAGUACACAGAAGUAUCCAACGAAUGAUUCUUUAAUGUAAUAUUUAGUUAUAAACAAAAUAUAAUAUAAAACAAAUUAUGAGUUAUUUCAAUGAAAUUUGCGCAGUACAAAGGAUCUCGUAAAUGAAAAUGCGUCUUACUAAAUCCUUUGUUUUACAAUAUCUUAAGCUUUCUUUGUUCAUGUUAACUUUAUGAAUUGCUUAUUAAAAGUCAAGAACAUGGGAUAUCCACACGGUCUAACGAUCACUACGAUGUUUUUGAUCAUGUUAUUUAUAAAAACAUUUGCUCAGUUUUGUAAUACAUCAAUCUGAAACGUGGAAAAUUACAAUAUGUUGUGUUUCAAAUUUUUUCGUUUGAAUGAAUUCCGUAAAUGGAAAUAUAUUUUCAAGACUAAAACGCGGAUCGAAGCAUAAAAUUAUUCAUGGAAAAUGGAACCCGUUUAAGAGGCUGAAUUAAAUUAUUCAUUAAAACUUUAGGGGAGCUUUUGCUUAGAGAAUUUCAAUACAAUACCAUGAAAUGAACGUUAAGUUUAAUUAUUGCUUGAACAUUUUGUCACACAAUACCUUUAUCCUCAGACCAAUUAUUGUAUAGGACCUGCCUCACUAGACGUAACUUUUCUGUCAAAGUAUAUGAUCAACGAUCUAAUGCUAUUGUAAAAACUGUCUCUAUAGAAUCGAUGUUAAAUAGAUGUAAUCGUGUUCGUCAGUUAAAGAGCUCCGUAAAAAUACCUUUUUGUGUAGUUGUAUUGUGUAAAAAACUGACAAAAACUACUCGUUUAGUAUAAGAUUUAUACCAAAUCUAAGCUUGUUUUCCUCAGAAAAUGACAGACAAUUUUGUUCGUAACUAUGAGUGCGAUACAGGUCCUUCUAUAAUUGGUCUGAGCCUUUAUCGGAUGAAAUCAGAGCAGAAAUAUGGCUUCCAGGCAUUUAAUAAUUUCACUUUCCAGUGAACUUUGGUAUUUUAAUUUAUUUCUUUGUUUACUUGCAAACUAAGGAGAGGCGAUAAGUAUUUCAAACUUUAUUUUUAAUUCAAAUGGCAACUUUAUAUUCAUUACAUUAUGUCAAAAAUUAUGCUAAUUGAUUUUAAAUACGAAAUAUUUUUACGCUUUACUCUUAAAAAGUAACACGUAAAAUUUAAAAGGUAAAGCCACAUAACCCCUCCGGCAGAUGGAGAAAAAUAUUUUUCCAAUUACCCAACUCUCUUGUUUGUUAAUUUACAACGAAAUUCCUUCGAAAUUAAUAUUUUCCCGACAGCUUUAAAAAUAAUUAUUUUUAAGGCUGUUUGGUAAACAAACGAAGCUUAAGUAAAGGUGGAAAUAAUGAGUUUUCACUGCCAUUUUUAUUUCAUUGUUCGUUUUCAAUACCUCGUGUAUUUAGAAAUAUACAAUGUAUUAUACACUGAAAUACACUAUACUACACGGGUAGUGUAGUUUUAUUUUUCUUAUAACACUAAAUGACUUAUAAGUCACUACGUUCUUAUAAAUGACUUAUAAGUCACUACGUUCUUAUAAAUGACUUAUAAGUCACUACGUUCUGUUCAUUUAAUAAUAUCUAAAUUAUAUUGAGCAUCUUUAUCAUCGUCAUUAACAGCCCAUAUUCGGCUCACUGUUGAGCACGAGUCUCCUCUUAGAAAUCUCCUUGAGUCCCCUUGAUCUUAGCUCAUCAUAUGCUCAUUAUUAGAAGUACAUAACAUGUAUAUACUUUUAAUAAUGAACAAAUUAUGAGACUAGAUAUUUUUAUAAUUCAAAAUAAUGUUGUUUUUUUUUUCAAAUUAAGUUACGUAGUAGUUAAAUGUUUAGAGAAUACGAUUUCUUCGUUAAUAUUUGGUGUUCCUUAUUUAUAAUAUAAGAAAAAGUAAAUAAAAAAAAAUGUAUUUCUAUUUAAACUAUAAGAAUUUAAUGUUAAGUAUGUAUGUAUAGUCAAGUAAAGAUUUUAUUUUUAUUUAAAAUGUACCUAUAGAUCGUUUUUGUAUCCAUAGAUUUUUUAAAUAAAUUAUUAUGUAUUUGUAGAUUAUACAUUUUCCGUUACUGUUUAUUAAUGUGAUCUAAUAUUCUAUUAAUGUGAAUUCAUACAUUUUAAGAAAUUACCAAAGCAGUCAGUCAGUCAGUCAGUCCAUUAAUAGUUUAUAUUUGGUAAAGUUAUCGGCAAAGAGAUCGUAUCAAAACGAUAUUCAUAUAUGGAUAUUGGAACCUGGUAAUAAAUAAAUUUGAAUAUAGGUAAAACGUUUUAUUCAUUGGUCCCAUUCAAUCAGCAGCGAAUUUAGAAAACUUUACAUACAAAAACACAAAUGUUAAAUAAAUUUCAUUUGUUUAGAAGUCGUAUAUACUCGUAUUACACAAAAAUCUAGUCAUUUAUUUAUUUGAAAUAUUAAUUAUUAUAGAAUUAUUAGAAUAAUCUGUAAGUAUUGAUCUGCAUCGAGCAGCCGGCACAGAUGGAUUUGAAAUGGUAGAACGGUUUAUAAUUGUUAGUGUCAUACAUUUUUCAUACAUUCCAUUAAUGUAUUAAAAUAGCCGAUAAAUUAAAUUGUAUUCGUCUCGCCAUAUCCGUAAUAUACUUGUGUUUCGAAUUAUAUAAAUUUAUACGAAAUGUAAUAUAAAAAUUGU